AUGAAGUCUACAUACUCUUAUUUUUCUGGGUAUCAUGUGUGUUUCACUUUCCUGCAAGUGAUAGCAUCAGCAGAGAAUCUGAUGGUGACUACUCCCACUAGACACUUGGUGGCUAGAGUAGGAGGCCAGGCUGAGCUCAGCUGCCAGGUGUCCCCACCACACAGUGUGGAGUAUAUGGAGGUGCGCUGGUUCAGGAGUGACAAUUCCAAACUUGUUUAUCAGUACAGAGGUGGCCACGGAGUCAAUGGAGAAGCUGCACCUGAAUACGUGAAUCGUACAGAGUUUGUGAAAGAGGCCAUUGGGAAGGGCAAAGUGGCCCUCAGAAUUCAAAAUAUCAGCAUUUCUGAUGAUGGACUUUACCAAUGUUCAUUUAAUGAUAGUGGCUUCAGCGAUGUGACCAGCAUGAACCUCAGUGUGGCAGCAUUUGGAUUGAAGAUGCAAAUCCAUGUUGAGAGUCCUGGUGAUGAUGAAUUCAUUGUGGUGUGCUUGUCAGAAGGGUGGUUCCCACAGCCCCGAUUGGAGUGGAGAGACAGCCAAGGGGAGGUAGUUCCAUAUUCUUCAAUAUCACACUCACAGGAUGGAGAUAGAUUUUUCCACAUGAAGAUGACUCUUAUCCUCAGAAACCAGUCUCAGGAAAGUAUCACAUGCUGUGUUCUUAACCCUCUAACUGGUGAAGAGAAGCAAACAAAUCUCAUCCUAGCAAGUGAGUACUCUGUCAUGAGGGAUUAA